AGCGACCCGGUAGCAGCUGAGUUUAGCUUGAACACCCAAAUGUACCUACUCUCCAAGAAGAGUCUCUGGUUGUCUGAUGGAUCCAUGGGAUUUGGGCAAGAGAGUGAUGUCGCCUUUGCAGAAGGUGAUAUAAUUUAUGGUCGAGUCAUGGUAGAUCCUGUCCAGAAUCUAGGUGAUUCCUUUUACUGCAGCAUUGAGAAGGUGUUCCUGUGCACUGGAGCUGAUGGCUAUGUUCCCAAAUAUAGUCCCACGAAUGCAGAAUAUGGCUGCUUAGCUGAUUCUCCUUCGCUCCUGUAUAGAUUUAAAAUUGUGGACAAAGCUCAGCCAGAGACACAAGCCACCAGUUUUGGAAAUGUCCUGUUUAAUGCCAGACUAGCAGUGGAUGACCCUGAAGCUGUUCUCUUAGUGAAUCAGCCUGGAUCCGAUGGGUUUAAAGUCGACUCAACAGCACUCUUUCAGGUGGCUCUGGGCCGAGAGUGGUACAUACACACCAUCUACACAGUGAGAUCGAGAGACAACGCCAAUCGAGGUAUUGGCAAAAGAAGCGUGGAGUACCAGCACCACUCUUUGGUGAGUUCAGGGAAGCCCGGGGCAGGUACCAAAGGCCGGAAGAAGAGGGAGAUGAGGAGCCCACCCCCGCUGGCCUGGGAAAUAGGUGCUGAAAACAAGCGGGGAACGAACAUCCAGCACGUCGCCCUGGACCGCACCAGCAAGAGGCAGAUCCCCCGCGGGAGAGUUCCUCCUGAUGGCGUCCUCCCCCGGGAGCUCAACCCUCCCAGCUCUGAGGUCAGCCUGGUCACGGUGGUGGGAGGCGUCGCCGUGGGGUUACUCACCCUCUGCCUUGCCGCCAUCACAGUGACGAUGUGCAAGAGCAAGAAGGGCGCCCGGAGAAAGGACGCCCUGAAGGGCUCGGGCAGCAGCAAGCCCAUGAUGCCCCCCCAGAGCCACCGCAACGACAGCUCGGAGGUUUGAUGACCACAGGUGGAUUCAGCCUUUUCCUCAAGUGCCUCGGAAAGACGAUAGAAACCCAAAUGCUUCCGUAAACAGCAGAGCUUUGGGGACUUCUGCUACGAAGCUGCUCAGAGGACCUGACCGGACUACUGAACUUGGAUUUGAAUUCUGUCUACUCUUUCAUGCGUCACAGAACAAAUUCAGACCGCAGACCGCAUCUUUCUUCUUGCCCAAAAGGCAACCUACGCAGAGCCAGCGAUGGACCGCCAGGGAUGUACUUCACGUUUAGGCAUUUUCUCCACACAGUGGAGACAAAUCUAUUCAGAGGUGCUACAGACUCCGUCAGAAGUUUAAGAGGAGUCUAUUGUUGCUAUGUUAGUCUGAACCUUGAAGGUGCAAUUAUCACAUCAUUUAUUCACUGCCUAACAGUUUAUUACUAGGACGGUUUAAUUGCUAGUCUGAAAGGAUGAUAAACACACUGUUUAUUAUGACAAGUUUUCUAACAGGCGAAGACAGCACAGAAGUAUGACCAGGGAUAGCUCAACCCAUAAUUCACCUCUUCUACUACAUGGGAGGGAAUGGAAGGAAAGAGAGAGGGAAGUAACUGACUAGUUUGGAUUUGAAUUAUGGUGCCCUUGUUUUAUUUGCUUAUUUAAUUUUAAAUUAAACCAAAGAAUAUGUUCCAUCUGGAAGAGAUUGUUGAAGAAAGACUUUGCUGUUAUAUAGUGAGAAGUAGUCGAGUUCUUGCAUGGUAGUAUACCUAAUUGGUGCUCAGCAUUUGUGGGAAAUGAGAGGGUUGGUGGCGUUUGGAUGAUGAAGAAAUGCUAUAGCGUUAGAUUUGCAUUUAUAAGACAAUGUUCUCUAAGAACUGAGCCUAGAUAUUUGCAGUAUUGAACCCACAGAUGAUAAUGAAAAAUAUCAUUACAGGUGGUGGAGGGAGAAAGUGAUAUUUAUUAGCAUAACGUGUUUAACCAAAGUGCCUCUAUACACAUUUUAUAGAACAUUUUGCCAGAUGACAUCUGAGGUUAACCCUCAGAGUAGCACAAUCACAUAACAAUGUCCAGAACUCGAACUGGCCAUAGGACAUUUCAUUAACUUGCUAAUCAGCAUCUGGUCUCAGCCAGGGGACUCUCUGCCACUGUCAUUCCAGAGGUGGUCUUGGAGGUGCCUUCUUCUUCUUUGAUCCAGGAGGAGAGUAGCAUUCUGUGACAUCUGCAAUUCAGGGAGCUGGUGCAGUGCGAUCCCUGAGUAUCUGAAAAUGUAAUGCUUAACACCGCUUACAGUGUUAAAAACCAAGAAACAUAGGGAGCUUGCUUGGCAAGGCUCCUGUCACCUUUCUGGGAAAAAAAAAAAAAAUGUGCUUUUACCAAAUGGCAGAGAUUUCGGUUGGAAAGGGAAGGAAAAUGUCAGUGGUCUAAUGACCAAUCUUCCAAAAGCUAGUAAAUGUAUUUCAAGCAAAAAGAAGGUCAGGACAAAAAGAACCAUGCCUAAAGACUAACCAACCCUCAAAUGUCGCCUGGAAUCCCCUUUCACUUGCAUCCAUAGCCUGGCCACACUGGACAUCUAGUGGAAUGGAUCUUACCUGGUGUCUGUGAGCACCAACCAUCUCUUUAUUGGAAAGAAAAAAAAAAGAAUCUACACUGGUGCUGAGAGAGGUGAGAAGUGUCUGAUACUCGCCUCUCUUCUUUUGGGCAGCUCUGCACUUGACAUUCAAAGUCUUUCAAAGAACAUGGUGGACCGUAGUCCCCUUCCAUUGGGGAAUUUACAAAUGUCACCUAUUACUCAAAGGUGUCCCCCCACCCUGGGACUUACAUAAAGUACUGGAUGGCCCAGGAGUUCAGUUGUCAAAUAAACAUCAGUGCUUUCUUAAUUGUCCCCUUUCCUUUUGCUUCGCAUUCUGGCAGAUGCUUGGCUACUUCUUCAGUUAUCUCGUAACUAGUAUAGGCAUAAGCAUGAAUGACGCAGCUUCAAAUGUGUGGACUUCUCGUGACUUAGCAUGGGGUUCAAUUCACUUAGAUAGUGAGAGCAAGCACCCUCAAUUGACCUUAUGCUACUUUGGUAGCUUGGGUGCUUCAGAGCCUACCGUGCGGUCUUGGGCGUCUCUGUCGCUGAGUGUAGUAAUUAGCGAAGCAUCGUUACAACGUGUCUGUUUUGAGCCCUUGGGCCACACUGGCUUUGUACCAAACUUCACUCCACAAUUAGUUUUUCUAGUGAGAUUGCCAUAUAUAAAUUGGAGAGUUUAUAAAAUACAGAACAUGUCCAUCCUUUUCCUAAUAAAGAAGUUUCUUCCUCUCCACCCAUUUCCUUCUCUCUUUCUCUCCCUUCCUGUCUUCUUCUUUUCCUUCCUCCCCUUGAAAACAGAGAGUCUGUGGGAAGUAGGCAGAUACAGCUUUCUUAAGUAUAAAGUGUUUGGAUUUCAGCAUUAUUUCUUUUGUAUCUAUUCACUUAAUAUGUGAUUUAAUAUACAUUAAUCAUAAAAACUCUUUUUAGUGGAAGAAAGAAUCCGGCAAAAUGCUUUAUUGUUCAAUAAAGCAGACCCUUUUUUUCAAUAUUUUGUUUUUAGAGAAUCAUGCUGGUAUUAUCAGAUCCAAUUACAUAAAAUAACUUCCCAUAGACAACAGGAUGUAGCUAUAAUAGCUCCUUAGGUGCUCAGUAGCUUCCGACCCUAAUUAAAACAAGAUUUUCUCGAUGUUGCAUAGUAAACCCAAAACACAAGUAUAUAUAUAUAUAUAUAUAUAGAGAGAGAGAGAGAGAGAGAGAGCCUUAGUAGCUCCCCUAGCAUAUGAACUAUGAAGAAUUAAAAUACGUAAUUAUGUUUUAAUCAUGGUUUUACUUAUUCCAGUUCAUUCCCUCUGUUAACAUUUACUAAAUGCUUUCCUAGAAUUAGCCACUUUGAGAGAUUACACAGAAACCAAGAUAUCCUCCCUGCUCUCAGGCAGGUUAUGCUCAAAUGUGGCAUUUCUCUUAGUCUAAAGGAAUCAAGAUUUACAUUAGGUCCUCCCCUGGACCAGGAACACACCAGGCGUAUCUGUGAACCACAAUUUAAAAAUCUCUCCAGAGCGCUGACAGUGGCUCUAAUCUUUUUCAUCUGAAAGAACCCCACAUGUUAUAGAUCAUUCUGAUUGUGGAUCUCAUGCAAAAUGUUUCAGAUCAAUAAUUUAAUGGAAUUGCCCUUCAGAAAUCUACACAGAGAAGGUACGUUGCAGGGAUGUGGAUAGCCUUGUAUAUCCUUUUCCUCUGAAUGGAAGACAUGCCUACUUUAUUCCAAGAAUGGGAUAUAACACAUAAACUCUUGUUCCAGUCCGUGAAUAUCCCCAAUACCUCCUGAAGUGCACCCUUCCACAAGCCUCCACAAUGUUUGAAUAGUAUGAGUAAAGGCCAACUGAAAUUCUGCCAUGCUACUGCAUAGCAUUUGUGAUAAGAAGGACGGAUUCUAGGCUCAGUACGAAGGGAUUUAGUUCUAUAUGCAGCAAACAACUUCUUUAUCAAGUUCUCUUACCUCUAAGUCUUUCCCAGGGAACCGACUCCAAGGUCCAUUUUAAAAAUGGA